GGCAUGGUCGCACUCUUCUUCGUCAUCUCGGGUUAGGCCCUGGGCUGCCGCAUGUUGAUGAUGAUCCGGAAACGAGUCGGAAAAACUCCUCAACUCGCUCGCAUCCUCGACGUUUCGCCGGUACAUUCGCCUGUAUUUGUCCUCCAUCGUCGCCAUGUUCUACGCCAUGGUCCUGGUCCGGCUACAACUGUACAAUGGAAUGCACCAGCCCAUGUAUCGCGAUACUCUGUGGCUACAACUCGUGGAUUUUAUGGGUGACGUGAUUCAUUUUAUGAACCCCUUUGGCGACAUCCGUGGCUGGGUCAACCCCGGCGUCUUCGACUCAAGCUAUCUGGGCGUGCUGUGGUCCAUCCCUGUCGAGUACCGUGGCAGCAUCGCCCUUUUUGCCUUUUGCACAGGAGCAUGUAAAAUGACUACCCGGGCCCGCAUGAUCUCGACCUGGGUCAUCAUCGUCUUCUGUUACAUUUGGCAGGCUUGCUACAUCUCGGGAUUCAUGGGCGGUUUCUUCAUCGCCGACCUCUCCCUCAGCCGCCACCCCGAACGUUACUCGAAUCUACCUUGCAAUCCCGCCGUCUCAGCAGCCUCCUCUUCGACCUCAUCACGCCAUCAAAGCCUCCUCUCCAAGGUUGGUCACAUCAUCCUCCUAGUCUUGGGCAUCCUUCUCCUCGGCCAGACCGACUUACACCGACUCGGCAUAUGGGGUGCCUUCCCCUGGGGCUACCUGAGGACCUGGGAACCCUACUGGUGGGACUGUUCCGGCAAACGCAUGUUCUGCGUCGGGCCCGGCGCCUUUUUGUUGUGUUAUGCCUUGGAGUUCUAUCCUGCUCUACAACGUCCCUUGCAUUGGCGCUUCAGCCAGUACCUCGGCGACAUAUCUUUUGGCAUCUACGUCACCCACGUGCCCACCAUCAUAGCACACCUAUUACAAGUUUCUCGUUCCCUGGAGAGAGGCGACCUUGGGCAGCAGCUAUCUCGCUUUUUUCCCAGGCAUUGUUGUGGCCUUUGUAAUAAUCUUCACUGUUUCGGAUUAUUACUCCAGGGUCGAUGCCGCCGUGGUCAAGUUCGCCCGAUGGUCGCAGUCAAAAUUGUUUAUUCAGUGGCAUUGAUGUUUAGCCACUGA